AUGACCGGAACAGUUUUUACACUUUGCAAGGAAGAAAAGAAUCCUCUCAUAGGACUCACUCGAGACAACGGUACAUGGAUUUUCUUUCGUGAGCCACAGAUACUUUUCGAAAAGCGGGAAAGUUCCGAUGGUAUUUUUAUUCUGCAACUAAAACGUAAACCGCCGAAAGACGGCCAGCGCCACCUGCAUGAUCCCACGUUACUUUCCGUGACAUUGAAUGCACGUGACACCUAA